GUCUGCUAAUUGUAGCAUUGCCGCCGUAGUUCUUCACGGUCAUACUGAAUUUCAGUCGCAAUCGAGGCUUCGUGCAUUUCGGCGGUUGAAAAUCGAACAAUUUUCCGAGUGCCCCAUUUUAUGUCUCUUCUGAGAGGUAGAGCUUUGGGCCUACCAGAGAUCCUUUUCAACUUGGAACGCGUAGCGACGUGAUUUCAAGUGUAACACGCGACCUUCCGCAUCCAACCCUUAUUUACAAAGUAUACGACACAGAACAGUCUUUUCCUUUGCGUGUUUUCCGGUCGGUCUGGGUAUUACGCGUUCGCCUCAAAGGAAGCAAUCGAGUGGCAAGUGGUGGAGUUCGACAUAGUGGAGAGUAGAGAAGUGAUUUUGAAACCUCAUUCGCGGCGAGCCCUGAAGGAAUCGAUUCGUGUGCUAUAGUGCGGUGGUUUCUUAUUCUGGUAUUCCUCGCCGAACUACAAGGAACAACUUUAACCGCUUCCUAGAAGGAGUCAGAGUUCCAUAGCCAAGGCAGUCCCGUUCAACUUUUAUCGUAUUUCAGAGGCAGGCAACGUCGGGACCGAGGCACAGCACACAAAUCAAAACCACGGACUCAAGGAUACGGUUCCCCGAAAUAACUUGGUGAAAUUUAUAAAUUGAGGAAGGGAAACUAUUUUGAAACGAAGAAACAAACUUUUUUCUAGAGAGAUACAAAAUGGCUGUGCUUAAUUCAAAACAUCACCCCAUCCUGCUAGUAUUCUGCAAUGUACUUUUCAUUGCAUCCUUUGCACUUGCCGAAACCUCCACUCACUCAACACUUUCGCAAACAUCAUCAGAGGUCGCUUCACCCGCUACAGUUCCAGCAGUUCACACAAAGACCACACAAUCGAGAAAACAUUACUUACCUGCGGAAGCGACAGAUAUCCCAUCGCACACCAUACAACACCACGAUACAUCUGUGAUAUCCAGCGAUUCAACCUCUACUUUAGCGAACAAUGGAGGUAAUGGAGCCUAUCCUACGUCAGCAUCAUCAGCGGUAGUGGUUUCAUCACAACCACCAGGAGCAGGUGCCCCCAUUACAGUUUCAACACAAUCGACUACGACAAGUAUUCUGUUGCCUGAAAGUGAUAAUGAAGGCGAACAUGAAAUUAUGGGUUCCGCUGGACCUGAUAAAAGGGAACUGGAAGGUAUUCAGCGAGCCCUGGAUUGGCUCAAAGAAAAGCGAGCUCCGGAUUAUGGUUGGGGAAAUGACACGCACAUGGUUAUAUUAGCGAAAGAACUUUCUGGAGCUCGUGACCCUACCGAUGCUGAUGAUCACCUACAAAUUAUCCAAGAACUUGAAGAUAUGCUUUCAGUGAAAGUAAUGGAAAUCGAAAUCCUUUCCAUGCUUGACCGACAUCACGCCCUCCCAAAACCAUUGAACUUAGACAAACUAGCUAGAUAUGUCCUGGCCUUGGGAUCCCUUUGUAAGGACCCGAAACGCUUCUAUGGUCAUGACCUAGUUGUAACUUUACAACACCAUGAACCUGUUCAAGAUAACGAGUUCGCUUUGACCACCUUAGCGGCAUGUAGUUCUGCCGCACACGUCCGUAAACGACAAAUAAGACGCCUUUUAGAUAUAGCCAGCGGUGUGACUGACCAGAGCGUCGAUACUAUUGCAAUGGUUAUCCUAGCUCUCCGAUGCAUCGUUACCGAUCACAGACAUCGUCACCUGCAACACUUCGUCCGAAGGCCAGCUCGAGGUUUGGCAAGUCUUCAAGAUCCUAAAGGCAGUUUUGGAUCCCUUCGCAGUACAGCAUUGGCAAUGCAAGCACUCCAGGACCUUGAACGAGAUCCGGCUGGUACUUGGAAUCGAUCAGCUGCAUCAAAAUGGAUCUUGGACCGUCAGCGACCAGACGGAGGAUGGGCUGAGGAGCCUAUUCAAGAUGGAGCUGAUCCUAAUGUUGGAGUUGGUUUGACAGCUGAUAUAAUCCUCGCGUUGGGCUGGAAAGGACUUGGCGCUGUGAGAGCAUUACAAUGUGAUCAUGUUGUUCGGGAAAGUAGUGAUAUUCAGUCAGAAAACGGAGAUCAAAAACUUGCAGUACCAUUCGGACUUACUUCGUCAGCGGAAGAAUCAGAUGCGAAAAACGUAUCAUACACAUACACUCUAUGGGUGGGAACAAAUGUAACAGAAGCCAUAUCACUAUCGUUAAUCUCACAAAGGAAUACUAGUUUCUAUAGGGCUAUGGCGCAAGCUGCUGAAAUCGAUCCAAGAUUUGCCUUCGAAGCAAGAGUGUGGCCAAAUGGACAUUAUGUUCAUACAUUAGCCGGCAAAAAGGAGGAACCCAGGGGGUACAAUUAUUGGCUGCUCUACAGAUUACCAGAAUUGCCUGAUCCUAAUAAUCCACCAGGAAAUCAGUUAAUUGCACCUGUUGGCGUUGACGAGCUGAUGGUGGAAGAUGGUGAGCACUAUCUAUACUGGUAUAAAAAACUUUAAGCUACAUCAAAGAGAGCGUCUUAAAAAUACUAAUUGCGUUAUGAACAAAGUUCCACUUAUACACAUAAAUAAAGCCAGAAUUCGCAACAAAAAACUAAACAAAAGCCGAAAAAGCAAAACUUACACAAGUAAAAAUAGGGAAGUUCAGUUGAAAUUUAUAUUUUCGAUAUCUUAAUUAAAUUCAAUAAUCAGUUAAUAUAUUUCAGAUUAAAAACAAAUAAAAAAAAAUAGAAAAAAAGAAAAAAUUAAAUAAAAUUAUUUGCGGAUUAAAUUAUAUUCAAACCAUAAAAUCUUUCUCUUCAAACCAUGAAGAAAAAUAAAUUAGACGAGAAUUUUUCAAAGUAAAUUUCAAAAAUUAAAAGCGAGCAUACGAAACGACUGAAAUAAAUUUAAAAAAAAAUUAAUCUGUGAAAAGAUUAAACUAGAAUACCGAAAAAGCAUAAAUAAAGAUCGAACAAAAAUAAAAAUAACAAUAAAUUGGCAGAUUAAAAUCCAUUCGAUAGACGACUAUUUUGAUAAUUGCAAUCCGUUUUGUAAUGCCUUAAAAUACCUGAUGAUUUUUCAAGUAGCUUUGCCUUUACACCGUUGUGGGUAAUAAAAAAUAUAAAAAUGCAUUUGUUUUUAAUAAACGUCUAUUGUCAAUAAAAAGAUGGAAUAAUAUAGUUUACAUUGGAGAAUUGGUAUUCCUUGCAACCAGGCGCAUUACCCUGUAAGGGAUGAGAUGUUAUUUAAUUUAUUAUAGAAAAUAUGGUUCUUAUUAUGGUUUUUUAUUAUUCUCUGAAAUUUUCGUGAAUAUUAAAUACAGAAAUAAAUGGUUUUUAUUCAAUUAGUUUAUAUUCUAAGCUUCAACAGGCAUAUACAUAUAUUUUUUCAAAUGAAGUGUGAAUACAUUUUAUAUGAAUUAUUUAUUUUUAGAAAAAGAUAUAAAUGUAUCUCAGUUGAGGUGCGUGCCUGACAUUUGGAAAGCAAUAAAUUAUGAAAAAAAGAAAAAUUCGUUUUGAAAAAUACCAUAUGUACUGAUUUCUCUUUGUACACAUUUCUAGAAGAAAUAAAGAGCGCAAUGAAGCCAACAUAAUACAAAGACAAGAAUACUUUUGUGAGAAUGGUUUACUGACACUGUAUCUUCUAUAGUUUGUUUUCUUCUCCAUAGUAUACUUUCUAAACAAUAGAACUCACUGCCCUUACCCGUAUAAUUUAGUAUCUAUAACCUCCGUAAUUCCAAUGAAUACUAAUGUUUGGUAGUACUUCAAGCCUAUAUAUAUAUUUCAAAUUAAUAAAUUCUACAUAAUUCAAACAAAAACAAUUAUUGUAGUUUUCGAACAAGCUUUAAAACAAUAAUCCGCUUCAUAAAUUGUAUUUAAUUAGUUGACAAAAAACCUACAUAUACGCGAUGUAUUUAUUGAAUUAAUGAUUACAAGAUAACCAAAUGUAAGCAAAAAAAAACCAUAAAACCAAGAUAAAAUAAAGCAAGAAAGUGGGAAACAAUAUUGCAAAAGCUUAACUGCUUUUGAUGUAGAUUAAAUCCUAGAAGUGUGUGAAUGAAAAUAGCAAAAAUAAUAAUUAAAUGAAAAAUGAAAAAAACUAAAAUUAUGAAGAAUUAUGAAGAAUAAAACGCGCGCAAUAAGUGCAAAAGUGAAUACAAUAAUUUAAAAGAAAAUAAGUGAAUUGAUUCUUCGACAACCGAAAACUAUGUUACACCAGAGUUAGAGAACAAUAACGGCAGCAUAUAGCGACACACCAUGGAAAAAUGAGUAAAAACAAAUUAAUUUUAAUAUUAAUGAUAAUAACAAUGCAUAUAAAUGAGAAUUUUCAAAGUUAAACGUGUUACUGCAAAUCACCAAAUAUUUAUAGAAAUACAGAAAGAAACAAAAGAAACAGAAAAAAAAAGAUACAAAAAAUACAAAAAAUUUAAAUUUAAUACCACUAAAGUAAUAAACA